AUUCCCAAUGGCCAGUCAUGGUUACAAUUUGUUCAUGCUAAUAUUCCUUGUUCUAAUAGUCCCCCCACUUUCUGAAUCAAAACUUAGGUCACAGCAACUCAUUACGAGUGGUAGUAGUGGUAGUAGCAGUAAUAGUGGUGUGAACCACACAGAUUUUGAAUGGGCCAUAAAGGACAUGAGAUCGAAAUCCUACCAUGGAUUUGCAAUCCUUCUGCAGAUGCUAAAUCGAACAAACGGAGGGUUAACUUUCUUUUUGCCUGGUGAUUCAGAUUUAUCAGAAUUCCCAAUUGCUCCAAACCAUCUCGAAACAUUCUUGAUGAGCCAUGCUAUCCCCAUGCCACUCUUGUUCAAUGACUUGGUACAUUUUCCAAAUGGUACCCUUGUUCCAUCAGCCUAUCCUAACAGGAUGAUCAGGAUCCAUAACCAUGGAAGGUCGGGUUUUUUCGUCAACAAUGCACGGAUUGUUGCACCAAACGUUUGCAUGAACUCUUUGAUCAAGUGUCAUGGAAUUGAUGCAAUUAUUGACUAUGCAUAGCAAAGUUAAUAUAGUUUCGUUUUUCGAGAUAUUAAUUAGUAUAAUCAAAAUAAAUGGUUUGCAAAGUUAAAUAUGAUUUUUAUUUUUAUUUUUUAUUUAUUGAGAUUUUAGUCGGUGGCAAGCAUACAUGUUCUAUAACUCGGCUAAUGGUGGAAUAUACAUUUGUGAAACCUAUACAUUUGUGAAACCAUUUAACUCAUCUGUUUGGGUUUGAUAUGCUGGUUCAAAUACAAGAUGGGCCAAUGGAGUCUGUCACCUAAAUGAGAGCCCAAUAGUCAUAGGCUCAGUAAAUAAGUUGAUUAAAGAAGAUUCUGAUUGAGGAAAGGCCGUGGGCGGAAAACAGGUGACAGAUUUUGAAUGCAAGGUGGGUCGGAAAGCCUAAAUGGUGAUUUACAUGGGAAGGAAUGAACCUGUUAGUUUAGGACUACAGUGAGAUCAACUUAAAAAAAAAAAAAAAAAAGAAAGCAGAA